AUGACCGUCAGAUACAAUGAAACUGCGGCAAGUGGCUUUGCUGAGACUGCCUUCAGCCAGUUCCCCCCCCUACUGCAUGAUUUGUACAUUCCCAGCCCAACCGAACGCAUCGUCCUUGACUCUUUGCACUUGGAUGUGCCCACCACUGAGCAGCUCGGCUAUUUUCUCCACCUCGCUUGGGCGCUAGUUCUCGCCAGUCAUACCGACUCUGGCGAAGUCCUAUUUGGCACCGCUCACCAUGGACGGUCUACUGAUGACGGAGACCAGGCGAUCAUGCCUUUUCAUUUCAAGAUGCAGCCUGACGCGACGGUGGGGGAGGGCAUGGCCGCCAUCGCUGGCUACCAUCAUCAAAUCAGCAAGUUUGAACAUCUGGGACUGGAAAAGUAUUGCACCAAGGGUCUAGACUAUGUUGUGCUAGGCCAGUUUCGCAACUUGCUGGUCAUGAGUGAGGGGCAGGCACACAUCGAUGCUCCAUCCUACACGCAGAAGUACCCUCUCACGGUUUUCUGUGCGUUUCAAAACUCGCAGUCAGUAAAUAUAUGUGCCGACUUCGAUCCCGCAGUGCUGCAGCCGGACAUGGUCAGGAUCAUGCUUAUUCAGUUAACUGACAUUCUGACCGCAUCCAUCGCGGAUCAGGGGUCCCGCGUUCAAAGCCUCCAAGGAAUCGGCGCACAAGGAUGGAAGCAGCUGCUCCAAUGGAACCACGCAGGAGAGUACGCGGACACGAGUAGGGUCCGUGGGGACCAUCUAAUCGAAGGGCGAUUGAAGAAAGACCUCACCGCGACAGCCGUUUGUACCUCGGAUGGCACCUUGACAUAUGAAGAGCUCGAUCAAUGGGCCUCCCAGGUUUCUCAGCGGCUAGUCAAUACCGGAGUCACACCUGGAAAGUUUGUUGGUAUUCUUACGCCAAAGUCUGUUGCGGCAACAGUCAGCAUGGUCGCAGCGAUGAAGGCUGGAGGGGCCUUUGUGUUUCUGCCCCCUUCUUUUCCCACUUUUCGCCUACAGACCAUGUGCCAAAAAACCCCAGUACAUGUGAUUCUCUCAAACUCAGCAGCUCUGCCCUUGGCCCAAGAGUUGGGCCCUCCUGUGCUAGAAAUCCACGAUGACAUAGGGAAAAAAGGUGUGGACUCUGUCGGACCGAGCAAGGUUGAUCCAACCCCUACUGAGCCUCACCAUCCCCUGUACGCCAUCUUUACCUCUGGGUCGACCGGGGAGCCCAAGGGAGUUGUGGUUAAUCGUGGAUCCUAUGGAUCUGGAAUCCAGGCAUUUUGCGGGCGAACUGGGCUGGAACAGAAAACUCGUGUUUUCCAAGGAGCGUCGUAUGCGUUCGUUAUAAGCAUCAUAGAGCAGCUAAAUGCAUUAGCAAUGGGUGCAUGCAUCUGCAUUCCCACGGAAUAUCAGCUACAGAACGAGCUUGAGUUAACUAUGUGCAGUCUGGGCGCGAGCUUUUGCUUCUUGACGCCGUCAUUGACCCGAACUCUGGACCCUCAGAGACUUCCUAAUCUCAAGACCCUUCUAUUGACUGGCGAGCCCGUCAAGGACGAAGAUGUGAAGAAGUGGACGGGCCACGUUGCACUACACUCUGUCUACGGCAUGUCGGAGCUUGCUGGCAGUGUUCUAGUCAAAGAACUUACGGGACUGCCUCCUUCCAGCCAUAGCCUCGGAUAUAUCACGAAUGGCGCCUGCUGGGUUGUGAACCCCGAUGACUACACUCAGCUGAGACCGAUUGGUAUGGAAGGAGAGCUUCUCAUCGAGAGCUCGACAAUAGCUACAGAAUACCUCAACAACGGCGAGCAGACGGCAGCAACGUUCGUGGAGCCGCCAAAGUGGCUUCAGGAGAUCCGUCCUAGCGAUGAUCCGGCUCGAUGUCUGAGGACGGGCGAUCUGGUGCGGUACCACGACCUCACUGGAUCAAUCCAAUUUCUGGGGCGGAAGGGCAGGCAGACCAAAGUCCGUGGUCAGCGGGUCGAACUAGGAGAAGUGGAAUCCACCCUCCUCUCCCACCUCCCAGCAGCAAAGCUUGUCGUCGUUGAUGUCCUCGUCUCGGCCGCCGGUAAGGAAGAGCCUCCCACCCUGGUGGCAUUCAUCCAUGACCCCUCUCUCCAUGAAGUCACUGGUGCCCCAAUGUCCAACGAUGAGACAAUAUUGGCCUCGUCAACAGUCGCAUAUCGUGCUCAGGUGCAACGCGCGACUUCCGAGCUGCGCAAGGUCCUUCCAUCUUAUAUGAUCCCCAGCAGUAUUCUCCCAAUUCGCUUCGUUCCCAGAACGGUCACCGGAAAGGUUUCUCGAAAGGACAUGGUCGAGUCUGCAUCCAGACUGAGUUUGACAGAGAUCCUGAACUACAAUGAGGACCAAGCUCCGUAUCGAGCCCCCAGCACCCCGAAAGAACAAAUCCUGCAGUCGGUCUGUGAGGAGCUACUGCGACUCCCCGCGAAGAGCGUCAGCCUCGACGAUAACUUUUUCCAUGUUGGCGGAGAUUCGUUGACAGCACGCCGGUUGUCUAGUAUGGCCCACGCACAAGGACUGGUCUUCAGCGUUGCAGAAGUGUUCGAAGAGGCUACUUUAUCAUCUUUGGCACGCGUAAGCCGCCUGUCCACUGCUUCAGCUGGCCCUGAUCCGCGCACCUCUUCUGUCCUGGAGACAGAUCCCUUUGAGACGAUUCGGGUGGAAUUCCUCAACGACCUCCCUCCCUCUCUAACGGCAGAUAAUAUCGAAGCGGUGUGGCCCACUGGCGAGACUCAAAGCAUGUUUCUCAGUCAUAAUUUAAUCGAACAGUACCCUUUCAGGAUCGAAGGUGAAUUGGACAAGGAUCAGCUUCGCCGGGGGUGUCAAUCUUUCAUUGACCGCUUUUCUGUAUUCCGAUCCAUUUUUGUCCCCUUCCACGGCGAGAUGCUGCAGGUAACGCUACGUCAUGUCGAAACUCCAUAUACGGAGCUCCAGGCACCAGAAGGAGAAGACCUGAUGGCUUGGGUAGACUCUUACGCCAAGGGAUCCGAGGCGACCAAGCCCCCGACGGAUCGGCCUAUGUUGAAAUUCACCCUUGCCCAGGGUGGUCCUCACGAAUAUGUCUUUCUGCUACGUCUAUCUCAUGCCCAGUAUGAUGGUGGUUGCUUCAGGCAGAUCUCAGUGGCGCUGAGUGCUGAUUUCAAGAACCAAGCAGGCGCCGUGGCAUGUCCUUUCUCUACGUACGUGCGGGAAUGUGCUCGCCUACGUACGCCAGAGGCCUUCACCUUCUGGCGGGACCUGUUGGCUGGAGCUCAAAUUACCCGACUCCCGCGCAUUUCAGAGGGAGAAGAUAUCCCUGUUAUCAAUAUGGGUGAGUGCUCCCCUGCCUCACCUCCAACAGGAAUCACAAUGGCCACGGCAAUCAAGGCUGCGUGGGCGUAUGUCCUAUGGCAGAAGACCGGCCACUCAGAUGUCUUGUUUGGUCAAAUGGGAAACUGCCGGGGUAUCGAGCUUCCCGGGGCUGAGGAUACCAUUGGGAUGUGCUUAAACACUACGCCUGUGCGCGUUAGAUUCAAGGCAGUGGAGACUGUUCGGGACCUCUUCCGGGCCAUCCAGGGCCAGCAUGCACGGUCGCUAGCGUUCGAGACAAUUGAAUGGACUGAUAUGGUGGCCAACAGCACUGAGUGGUCCCAAGAGACGGAGCUGGACUCGGUGGUCCUCCACGAGAACAUUCCCAACAUUCCUGCGCUCCAGCUGCCAGGUGAUGUUCAAGCGAAGAUGGGAACCCCGGUCUUCACCACGCCUGCUUACCGAUCUCAUAUGCUUCUGACUUGGCCGGGAAGUCAGAAGCUGACUAUAAUGUUAAUGGGGAGGCAGAAUGUGUUGGACAAGGAGUUUGCUGAUAUCUUGGUGAAGGAUUUCGGCACGACGCUAGUGAAGUUUUUGGAUUCCCCCAAUGUCCCCUUACGUUCUCUUGAGCCCAUUUUUUAA